AUGAAUAUGCCCGGCGACAAGCGCGUCACCUUCGCCGAGACUCACCUGGGACCGGCAGGUGAGGCGACCGGCGAGAAAGCCAAGACGGGCACCUCGCCGCCGCACCACAAGCCCUCUGCGCGCAGCUUGUCGCAGUUUCAGGAUAUCCUCGCCAAGACCUGUGAGGAUUUCAAGAACAUGAAAGUGCGCACCGAGGAGGAGCUGGCGCAGGACUUCACCGCCAACGUGGACAACAAAGAAGCGCUCAAGAAGACGUUCCACGAGGGAUUGAAGCUUGGUGGCAAGAAGACGGGCCUGGCGCUGGCGGAGAUGCUGCUGGUCGAAUUCAAGGCGGCGGUGGACGGUGAGGUGGCUGCCCAGGAAGAACGCCACGAACGCGAGCGUCGCGAGCGCCGGAAGUGA